AUGUCUGCGGCCAUUGAGGGUGGCGAACAGAGAUUUGGAUUUAUUGAACCUUGUGCAAUCAAAUAUAAUGGAACAAUUAAUAAAAUUUCAUUUAUUGAUGAAGAAAAUUUUUCGUUAAAAGUUGUUACCUCUAAAUUGAACAAGAAAUCACAAAGAAAUUGGAAAUCAAACAACAAAUUAUUGAAGAACGGCAGUUAUAAUAAAUCAAGUAAUGAAGAUCCAGGUCCUACAAAGAUCGAUGAUCAAAAAGAGUUAAUAACCUGGAAAGUGAAUUUAAGAUAA